AUGCAGCUUGCAAGUCUCACAUUGGCCACGGCCGCAACUCUGCUCCCUCUCGCCACUGCCGCCCCGGCCGAGGCCAAAGCUACCGAUAACAUUUCCAGCUGUGGCCCAGCCUGGAUGCCCAGGGAAGAUGUGACAAUUGGCCAGGGCACUGACAAGCGCCGAGGCUUCUCCUCUGCCGUGCAGGCCUUUUGCUCUGCUGCCAACGGAAAGACUGUCAAGCCCAAUGGCUAUCUUUCAUUUUCCACCGAGGUCUUUCUCAACGGUGGCAAAAAUCCUUCAGACGCAGACGGUGGUCAAUGCUCUGGCGCCGACAACAAGGACACCAAGGGCGGAACGUGGCAGGUCGGCCCUAAUGGCAUCUCCUACCAUGCUCUGGGCUAUGAGACACCUCCCAAGGAAAAUGCCGUGAACAAGAUUUUCGAGGGCUCUGCCAUUUCUGCCCAGAGCGCCAACAAGGGUGCCGGCCCUCCUUUGAGCCCAUGGCCGUUUGAUUCUCUCAACAACAUCAAGCCAGUUGCUUGCCACAGCCACAACGACUACGACCGAGACGUUCCCGUCUUUUCCGCCUUUAGCGCCGGGUGUAUCGCCAUUGAAGCCGACGUCUUUCUUUCCGGCGGCGAUGUCAUCAUCGGCCACAUUUUUCCGACCCCCGGCCGGACCUUGCGUGUCCAGUACACAGAGCCCCUUCGCGCCAUCCUCGACCACAACAACGGCGGCUCUCCCGGCGAGAACGGAAUCUACAAGGCCCGUCCGGAACAGAAGAUUGUGCUCAUGGUGGACUUUAAGACAUCCGAUACCAAGACACUUGACGCUGUCGUUGCUGCUCUGCAGCCUCUCCGUGACGGCAACUACCUGAGCCACGUCGCUGGGGGCAGAUUUGUCCAGCGGGCUGUUACGGUCGUGGCCAGCGGCAACGCCCCCUUUGACCGCAUCAACUCGGGCUCCGGUGUACCGAACCGUGAUGUGUUUUAUGAUGCCAGCCUCGGCAAUCUCGAGUCCAAGUACAACACGCUCAACUCUUACUAUGCGUCGGCCGACUUUGAGGAUACCAUUGGUAGCCCGGGCAGCGCUGGUGCCUUUUCUGAUGCGCAAAAAGCCAAGGUCAAGUCUCAAGUGGACGCUGCACACGCGGCUGGACUCAAGGUCCGCUACUGGAAUCUGCCCGGCGAAUACAUGUGGGAGCCCUUGGCGGCCCUCGGUGUUGAUUAUCUCAAUGCAGAUGACAUGUCCAACACGGCAAGACUUGAGCGCAUUCAGUAA